UUUUCUUCAAUUGGUUGGCAAUCGCCCAAUCGAUGCGACGGAAAGCUGCCGGUUUCCGCUGAUUCCUCCUCCGCCUCCCUUCCUCUCCUCCGCAUUCUCUUCGCGGGAUUAGUCGCAAGAGAGGGCCCCUUGUGAACCGGACGGGGGAUUUGUCGACAUCUCCCCCUUCGUUUUGUUUCGAUGCCUCGAAAUGAUUUUUGAAUCGCUUCUUUACGCAUGAAGGGGAUUUUCUCGGUUUGUAAAAUUGAAUGCGCAUCCGCGUUGCAAGAUCCAAUUUUUACGUGGUCUCGUCUCGGAGUUCCAGCAAAGCAAGGAAUCUGAUCGACCGACCUAGGGCGUGGGAUUCAGUUUCGUUUGGAUUCGCCACGAGCAGUUCGAUCCAAUGCCGAAGAGGCAUCGCCGGGAACAUUGAUUCUUGAAUCCAGAUGGGGAAUUUAUGCGUUGGACCGACGACCCUUUCGAGAAGUGCAAUCUUUCAAUCACUGUCUUCUACUUUUUGGCGUAGCCGUGCAAAUCAGGACGCUCUUCCAACUUCCAAUAGCAAAGGCUCCGGCGAAGGUUCCUCAACCUCGUCCUCAUCAGCUAAAGCGGACACCCAGGCGCCCCGACCGGUCAACAUCCAUGAAGAUGAGCAGCAGAAGCCUGUCAAACCGGCACCCGACAGGUCGUCAACGGACCGACCCAACAGGCCCACGCAUGUCAAGAGAGCCACCAGUAUCGCAGGGCUUCAAGCAGAAUUCGUUUUGAAGCGCCAAACUGAGAAUUUGAAGGAUGUUUACAGCUUAGGUAGGAAGCUCGGACAAGGACAAUUUGGUACCACCUAUCUCUGCGUAGAGAAGGCGACUAGCAAUGAGUUUGCUUGCAAGUCCAUUUUGAAGCGAAAGUUGACGACGGAGGAGGAUGUGGAAGAUGUUAGGAGGGAGAUCCAGAUAAUGCAUCACUUGGCCGGCCACCCCACUGUCGUUUCCAUCAAGGAGGCUUAUGAAGACGCAAUGGCUGUUCAUGUUGUCAUGGAGCUAUGCGCUGGGGGCGAGCUGUUUGACAGAAUCAUUCAGAAGGGGCACUACACAGAGAGAAAGGCGGCAGAGCUCGCGAGGGUAAUCAUAGGUGUUGUAGAAGCUUGCCACUCGAUGGGGGUCAUGCAUCGUGAUUUGAAGCCGGAAAAUUUUCUUUUUGUCAACCAAAUGGAGGAUUCACCUCUCAAGACAAUUGACUUCGGAUUGUCUAUUUUCUUCAAACCAGGAGAGAGAUUCACUGAUGUGGUCGGCAGCCCUUAUUAUGUUGCUCCUGAAAUCCUAAAAAAACGUUAUGGUCCUGAGGCAGAUAUUUGGAGUGCUGGGGUUAUCAUUUAUAUUCUUCUUAGUGGUGUUCCUCCAUUUUGGGCUGAAACCGAACAAGGUAUAUUUGAAGAGAUUUUACAUGGUACUCCUGAUUUUGAGUCAGACCCAUGGCCAAGCAUCUCCGAAACCGCCAAAGAUCUUGUAAGAAGAAUGCUUAUUAGGGACCCCAAGAGGCGGUUAAAUGCUCAUGAUGUUUUGCGUCAUCCAUGGGUUCAGAUAGAUGGAGUGGCUCCUGAUAAGCCUCUGGACUCUGCUGUCCUAUCUCGGUUGAAGCAAUUCUGUGCAAUGAACAAGCUGAAAAAGAUGGCUAUAAGAGUAAUUGCUGAACAACUUUCGGAGGAUGAAAUUGCUGGCCUAAAGCAAAUGUUUAAGAUGAUAGACACAGACAAUAGUGGACAAAUAACAUUUGAAGAACUCAAGGCUGGUCUAGAGAGAGUUGGUGCUAAUCUAAAGGAGUCCGAGAUUUAUGCACUUAUGCAGGCGGCAGAUUUUGAUAAUAGUGGCACUAUCGGCUACCGUGAGUUUGUCGCUGCCACUUUGCACCUAAACAAGAUAGAGAAGGAGGACCAUUUGUUUGCUGCCUUCUCCUAUUUCGACAAAGAUGGGAGUGGUUACAUAACUCAAGAUGAGCUACAAAAAGCUUGUGAAGAGUUUGGUAUAGAAGAUGUCAAGCUAGAGGAUAUGAUCAAAGACGUCGAUCAAGAUAAUGAUGGACGCAUAGAUUACCACGAAUUUGUAGCAAUGAUGCAUAAAGGAAAUGUUGGAUUCGGCAAGAAAGGGAAGCAAUCUAAUUUAGGCACUGUUUUUGGGGGGCUUUAAAGAUUAGUUAACAAGGUAGUUUUGGACUACUAAAUGUUCCAACACAAUUAUUUCUGAAAUAUUUACAUAUGAUCGAUCGAUAGGAAAGUCAAAUGUUCACUCGGUGUUUUGUUGUUCGAGUGUCAGUAUCCAACACAUAGAUGACUAGUUCUUG